GACUUCUAUUGAAAUGUAUCUCCAGUGUUUAGUGAGAUACCGCGUAUUCAAUGACGGUGAAAUUUGCUGAUCGAUUGUUCUUAAAUAAUUGCUAGAAUUUUUGAAUACGUGGAGAGGAUAACAGGAAAAUAGGACACUUCUGUGACCAGCUUUGUAUCACAGACGGCAAGUGAUUAAACCAUCAAGAGAGUAAAAUGUUGGGCUGCAUAAAACCUCGAAAUGAAGAAAGCGUGAGAUCUAAACAACUCGAUAAAGAGCUACAAAUCGUGCAUCGUCAGUUCGAAAAAGCUAUCAAAAUUCUAUUAUUGGGUACAGCAGAAUCGGGAAAAACUACAAUACUCCAACAGAUGAAGAUUCUACACAUCAAUGGGUUCACCAGAGAGGACAUAAUCCAUAAAACCAAGGAAAUACGACAAAAUAUACACGAGUCCAUAUAUGAACUAGUUGUACAAAUGCAAAAGUUACAAAUUCCAUACGACACUACACAAAGUCGAAAGAGUGGAGAAUGGAUCGUGAAUUUCGGCAAACACUCUCCAGAUCAUUUUGUCGAUGAAUACACUGACAAUGUUGUGACCUUAUGGAACGAUAAUGGAAUACGGGAGUGUUACAGAAGAUCUAACGAAUUUUAUUUAAUUGAUAGCGCAAAAUAUUUCCUCGAUAAACUAGAAUUGGUAGCCCACUCAGACUACAUACCAACCACUGAUGAUAUUUUACAUAGCAGAAAAAUGACAACUGGAAUCAAUCAAAUUUCAUUUUCGGUAAAAAUACCGAAAAGUAUGGGCGGUGGCUCGCAAGAGUUCCGGAUGUUCGAUGUGGGUGGUCAACGUGAUCAGCGAAACAAGUGGCUGCAAGUGUUUGAAGGAAUUCAGGCCGUUCUAUUUCUGAUUUCAUGCAGUGACUUCGAUCAAACACUUCGAGAGGAUCCAACGCAAAAUCGGCUAAAAGAAGCAUUGGAACUGUUCAGUGGCGUCUGGCACAAUCGCUUCCUAUCGUCGUCCGGAAUUAUUGUCUUCCUCAACAAGCAAGAUAUUAUGGAAAUGAAAAUCCGCAACGGUACGAGAAUGGAGGAUUACUAUCCGGACUUUAAGGACUUUAAAAUAUCAGCUAAUGAGGGAAACGUUUUCGAUGAAUGCGAUCGAUUAAGACUGUUUAUCAAACAUAAGUUGAUUAAUGUAACUCAACAACCAGCUAGACGAUUAUCUCGAGCCCAUACUCAGCGGGAGUGCUAUUAUCAUUUCACUGUGGCUACAGAUACAACCAAUAUUCGGAAAGUGUUCAAUGAUGUACAUAAUAUGAUUUUAACCGAUAAUCUAACGUCUGUGGGUCUGAUUUGAUGUCGUGUUGUCGUGUAGUCGUAAGUUCAUUUUUUAAUCGAAUAAUUUAUUUUUUGUAUUUAACGGAGAGAUUAAAGUUGGACGGUGUAAUAUAGCUGAC